CCACCACCAACCAUUGCUCCCUCACUCCUGCAGGAUUCCUUUUUCCUAUACACGCCCGACAUACGAGGAGAAUUUCAGUAUAGUAUCCCUUGAACCAGUGUGCUUCGGUUAGUGCACGUUUCAUUGCACAGGGAAAAAGAGAGAAAAACAAAAAAAAAAGAUAGAAAGAGGGGGGACAAUUUAAUGAUAAUUGUUGACGCGAUACGCGAAGCAACAGGUUCAAAAUUUCGUUUCUAAAUCAGAUUCAGAUUUUUUGUGACUAGUGACAAAAAAAAUUUUUUUCAAAAUUAAUGUGAUGAGCAUUGGAAGCAUUCAUUUAAUGUACUAUAAAAUUGAAAGGUGUUCUUAUUUAUAUCUCCUCACUGUGUGAAAUCGAUGUCGAACUAAAUGACACCUUUUCAAUAUACAGAUAGGCAUUUUAUACAGAAAAUUAAAUUUUUUGUACAAAAAGGCCACAAUUUUUUAAGCUUUUUUUUUAAGGGAAAGUUAAUUUUAAAUUAGUUUUUGGAAAACUUAAAAAUGUUUUUUCAAGAAAAAGAAAUGAGUGAGUCAUCAUUAGACAUUUUGGGUGUUUCAAGGAUUUCAAGGAAGAAGAGAACUGUUUUAUUUUUUGUUGGAAAAUAAUAAAAGUGUAUAUAUAUAUAUAUAUAUAUACUUGUUGAUUGCGAGGUGUAACAGCAGGAAACAGGGCGAUUUCCAAUCGGCAAGUAGAUCGUGUGGGUUGACGUGCGGCGCCAACCUGUUGCUCAAGAUCACACGACUUUAAAAAAUCAGGCCUAUAUUCAUCUAUAUUGAAGCAACACUAUAUUCUUUAUCCCUUCUGAUUCGAGUGGACUCGCAUCGAUCUUGCAUGAAUUAAACACAAGUUAUGCGGUUAAGCUGUCCUCGCAGUCUAAUCGUCGUUGAAGUGGCGCUGCUCACUUGAGUGUUCCAAGUAACAAACAAGAAGAAGAAGAAGAAGAAUAGAAGACUAAGAAGAAGAAGAAGAAAAAGCAACAGAAUCCCAACGGAGAAUGAGUUUUAAAACAAGUUACAGAAGCUCCUAACAAGUCCCAGUGAAAUUUACUAAUAGUGAGAAAAUUACCAAGUUAAAGAAGAAAAAAAAGAGAGUGUUAUAUAAAAUUGCUUUUCCAUGGGGAAUGAAAUUUAUAGAUAGCAUUGACAUUUAAAAAUGGGAAGUGUAAAUUUUCUUGGGACAUUGGUCCUGGGACAUAUUUUUCUAGUGAUGUUAAUUGUUGCUAAUCCAUCGACAAAAGAACUUUUAGAGUGUCGUGUUAAUUUAACAAGUGCUAUUAAAAAUGAAUCAGCAUUUCUUGAUAAAGUUGAAAAAGCCGAUUUUAUUUUCACUGGUAAAAUUAAGGAAUUAAAGAGAAAUUUAAUGCAAGUUAAAGUGAAAAGGUCAAUUAAAGGAUUUUUAAAUGGAUCAAUUGAUCUUGUAAUUAAUGAUACGUGUGGAAAAUAUAUUCGUCGUAGUUAUACUGGAAUUUUUAUGGGUGUUAGAUAUUUUGCUACUGAUAAUCUUCAACAUACGGGAAAAAUUGUGAUGCAUUUUGGUCCAGUUCCAUUGACGUUGACUAAUUUGGAUAGACUCAACGCUGCUGUUAGAGACAUAUCCUACAAGCCACGACAUCCCGUUAUCGAGGGUAAGGAUCUAAAUUUCGCCAGUAAUAACGCGGAGCCUUGUGAGAAAACAUAUUGUGCUUGGGGGGCAACAUGCGUCGUUUCCGAGAGUGGUCGAGCUUCGUGUCUUUGUCCAAUGGACUGUCCUUUGACGCCAGCACCUGUUUGUGGUAACGACGACGUCACAUAUACGAACCAAUGUCAUCUGCGUCAGACAAGUUGUCACAAUAUGAAAAACAACAGAGUCAAACAUCAAGGUCCUUGUGAAACAAAGGAUCCUUGUGCAAAAUUAAAUUGUACGCAAGGUGCUCAGUGUGUUAGAAGUAGAGAUGGUACUGAAGCUGAGUGUAAGUGUAUAGAAUCAUGUCCAAACUUGGGAGAUCACGAAGGUUCUGGUCCUGUUUGUGGUUCAGAUGGAGUUGAUUAUGCAAGUUUGUGUCACUUGAAUAAAGUUGCUUGCAUUCAGGGGAUCAAUAUUACUGUUGUUUUUCCUGGAAAAUGCGAUCCUUGCGCGGGCGUAGAGUGCAUGGAACCGGAAAUCUGUCAGCUGGACGAAUCGAGGCAACCGGCCUGUCGUUGCGGUGAACAGUGCGGCCUCGAGUUUUCGCCAGUUUGUGGCAGCGAUGGCAAAACUUAUUCCAACGAAUGCAGCCUCAGACAGGAAGCUUGUAGAUCAAAGUUGCAGCUUAGAAAGAUCUACAACGACGCAUGCACCUCAGUUAACAAUCCAUGCGAUGGUGCACAUUGUGCUUCUUAUGAACAAUGUGUAAUUAAUAAAGUUGGUUAUGCAACAUGUGAAUGUGGACCAAAAUGCGAGCCUGUUAUGAGACCAGUUUGUGCCAAAGGAGGAAGAACGUAUCCAUCACUUUGUGAAUUAAAACAACAGGCAUGUCUUACCAAAAGCAAUAUCGAUUUGGCCUACACGGGAAAUUGUGGAUCUAAAAGUCCAUGUUUAUCGAAGGUCUGCCAAUGGGGUGCAGUUUGCGCCGAGAAUGGAGACACGGCCACCUGCGAAUGUCCCACUUGCCCAGCGGAAUUUCAACCCGUUUGUGGCAAUGAUGGCAUCAGUUACGGAAACGAGUGCAAACUUCGCCUCGAGGCUUGCCAGCAUCGUCGCGAAAUUCGCGUUCUAUACACUGGACUUUGCAAUGGCUGUGAGAAUAAAAAAUGCGAUUAUUAUGCUGAAUGUGAGAGCGAUAAUGGUGGUGAAGCCAAUUGUAUUUGUCCAAAAUCUUGUGAAAAUGUGACGCAGGUUGCUGGUGCCACUACUAAAGUUUGUGGAUCAAACGGUAUAACUUACGCCAGUGAAUGUGCACUUAAAAAGGCCGCUUGUGAAGUACAAAUCCUCAUCGAAAUUAACUAUAGAGGAGAUUGUGAAUUAUGUUCAAAUGUGGAAUGUGAAAAUGAUGCCCAUUGUGUGGCAGGCGUUUGUGUAUGUCCAAAAAAUUGUCCCAAUAAAUCGGGGGAAAUUGUUUGUGGAAGCGAUGCAAAAACUUAUUCAUCUGAAUGUGAAUUACAAAAAGCAGCUUGCGAGCGAGAUACAAAACUUGCGCCAUUGCAAGUUAUUUUUUAUGGCGAAUGUGUUGAGAAAUUUCCCGUAGCUGCUUUAACCACCAUGUCCACUCCAGCAAUAACUCGUCUAGUAACAACUGUGGCUGAAGUAACCGGCACUCAAGAACGUGAGGCUUGCAAGGAUAUUCAUUGUGAUUUUGAAGCAACUUGCGAAUUGGGACCAGAUAAAUUUCCAAGAUGCAGCUGUAAAUUCGAUUGCGCUUCAAUAUCACCGGAAAAUAUGCGCACUGUUUGUGGUAGUGAUCAUCGAACUUAUCCUUCACUUUGCGCAAUGAAAAUGGAGGCUUGUCAAAGGCAACAGGAACUUCGACUUAGACCAAUUGACCUUUGUGAAGGUCUGGAAGUAAAACCCUGCAAUGGAGAUCCUCCGCUAAUUGAUGCAGAGGGUAGAGAAAUCGAUUGUGGAAAUGGACCACAACGAAAAGAUUGUCCCAGUAAUAGUUAUUGCCAUCAGACACAACGAUUUGCUCGUUGUUGUAAAAAAGAACAAGGUGUUCAAAUUGUGAGGUGUAUAGAUUCGUGGCAUGGUUGUUGUCCCGAUGGGAAAACUAUUGCACCGGGGGCUGAUGGAGCAGGUUGUCCCAGUGUCUGCAAUUGUAACCGAUUAGGUAGUAUGUCUGAUGUUUGCGAUCCUGAAUCUGGCCAAUGUGAAUGUCGACCAGGUGUUGGUGGGACAAAGUGCGAUAGAUGUAUGCCAGGAUAUUGGGGUCUUCCCAAAAUUAGCGAAGGUCAUCAAGGAUGUAUACCUUGUGGCUGUUCACUAUUUGGCUCAGUUCGUGAAGAUUGCGAACAAAUGACUGGUCGUUGUGUCUGCAAGGCUGAUAUUCGUGGUCAAAAGUGCACCAUCUGUAAUGAUCACAAUAAAAUCCUCACACCAUCUGGAUGUCAGUCAGCUGACUCAAUUUUACCUGAAAUGCCUGACUCUUGCAACAAAUUGGAUUGUUAUUCGGGUGCACAUUGCUCGGAAAUUGGUGGUCCACAUUGUGAAUGUCCUUCUUCUUGUCCCGCUGAUGUUCCUUCAAUUCCAGUUUGUGGUAGCGAUGGCCAGUCUUACGAUAAUGAAUGUGAACUACGACUUAAUGCCUGUCGUCAUCAAGCUGACAUCGUUACACAGGCAUUUGGUCAUUGCCGAGAUGACCCCUCGGUCAAUACGGACUUUCCCGUGAAGAGAUACACAGCUGUGCAAUUUACUCAACCCGCAGCUGCCAUUUCUCCAUUAUCGAAAUCCACAAGACAUCUUCUAGUCCCUGAACCAGAUUCACGAUUAUAUUAUACUCAUCGAGCUUACCAAGAAACGAUUACAAUCGAUCGUAAUAAUUUAAAGCAGGGGGCAGCUGCAUCUUAUAGACCAACACCAGCAACAAUAAGAGUUAUAACCGCCUUGUUAGGAGAUAUUUGUUCCGAUGACAGAGAUUGUACAAUUGCGAACAGUGAAUGCUUCAAAGGUGGUUGUAUUUGUUCCAAUGGAUAUUCUGAGACGAGUGACAGACAAGAAUGCUUCGCCAAUUACAUUCCAGUCACGUCGACAGAAGAAUUUCGUGCAUGUUUAUCUUAUCCAUGUCACAUGUCUUCGACCUGUAUCGAUCUUCCCAGUGGCACCUUUGUUUGCAUUUGUAAACCCAACUACACGGGUCUACUUUGUGACGAGGAAAUUAACAGACGCGACUAUGAUAUACCAUCAUUUGAUGGCAAAAGUUAUGUAAGAAUGAAUCGACUCAAGGCCUAUCAUAAAUUUAACAUUGAAGUUGAAUUUAUUACAUACGCGGAAAAUGGAAUUAUUCUCUACAAUCAACAAAAAGCAGAUGGUAGCGGUGAUUAUGUUUCACUUGCAAUUGUCGAUGGAUUUAUUCAAUUUAAAUAUAAUUUGGGUAAUGGACCAGUAAUAUUGACAUCACAAGAGAAAGUUGAAAUGAAGACAUUUCAUCGAGUCGCUGCAAAACGUUAUCAUAAGGAUGGUGUUUUAAUAUUUAACGAUGGUGAAGAUGUUGUGGGACAAAGUCAAGGAAUGUUAAAAUCAUUGGAUUUAAAUCAUGAUAGUUACAUUGGAAAUGUUCCAACAAAUUUUACAAAAGUUUACGAAAACAUUGGAACAAAUCAUGGAUUCCUUGGGUGCAUUCGUAAAUUGAAAAUCAAUAAAAUACCAAUUGAUCUUUAUAUUGGUCACGAUAAUGAUAUUCUUGAAACAUAUCGCAUUAAAGAAUGUGAAGAUAAUGCAUGUGCAAAUCUACCAUGUCAAAAUGGUGCAACAUGCCAACCAAUAUUUGAAGAGGAUUUAUGUGACAAUCAAGAAUGUGAAAAUCAUGAUAAACGUACUAAAGGCAAGAGAAAAAGUGACAUCAACAAUAAUAAUAAUAAUAAUAAUAAUAAUCAUAAUAAUAAUAAUAUGAAUAUAAUAAAAUGCAAAGGUAUACAUUGUACACAAUUAGAUGAGAGAAGAAUGAAAAAAAGUGUGAAAAAAAAAUGUUCAUCAUCCAAUUGUGAUUAUGAUUUUGAUAUUGAUUUUAAUAAUUAUGAACAUGAAAAUUAUGCUGUUUCUAAAUAUGAACCACCUGAAUAUACAUGUAUAUGUCCACCUGAAUAUACUGGGAAAAAUUGUGAACAAUCAUUAGAUCCAUGUAUGGGUGAACCAUGUCAACAUGGUGCAACUUGUGAUAUUUUACCACAAGGUGGUUAUGUCUGUAAAUGUCCACCUGGAAGAACUGGUGAACAUUGUGAAAUUUUGGAUGCAGAAUUAACAGAAUUUCAUAUUCCUGAAAUGAAAGGCGAUGGAUUUUUGGAAUUACCUUGUUUGGAUGGUGUUGCAAAAGCAUUUUCAAUAGAACUUUGGUUUUUAACUGAGGCAAAUGAUGGCCUUCUUCUUUAUAAUGGCCAAUUAAAUAAUGGACGUGGCGAUUUUAUUAGUUUAAAUUUAGUUAAUGGAAAAUUGGAAUUUAGAUUUAAUCUUGGCAGUGGAAUUGCAAAUAUAACAUCGCCUGAUAUUGUUUCACUUAGUUCUUGGCAUUGUGUGAGAAUUAGUAGACUUGGACGUGAGGGUUUAUUACAAUUGGAUGAUGGAACACUUGCGCGAGGAUUAUCCGGAAGUCCUCUAACUGAAUUAAAUCUCGAGACAUCGCUCUUCGUUGGUGGUGUCAAACGUUGGCAAGAGAUUCAUCGACUUUCAGGUGCACACAUUGGACUUCAAGGUGCAAUUCAACGAUUAAUGAUAAAUGGAAAAACAUAUCAAAAUCUUGCUGUUAAUAUCACUCAACAUAAUACAGAAAUUUAUAAUGGUCUUCCUUGUCCUAAAAAUAAUAAUCCUUGUUACAAUGGUGGUGUUUGUUUGCCACUUUUAAAUAGCUAUCUCUGUAAAUGUGCAAACGGUUACAAUGGAUUACAUUGUGAAUUUUUAAUGGGUUACGAUAUAACCGGUGGAGAAAAUAUUGAACGACCUGUUCGUUUUAAUGGAGAAAAUUUUCUACAAUUUAAACAUCGUUUUGGAAGAAGUGCUAAUUCUACUAAUAUAACAAUUGGGGAAUAUAUCGAUGAUUCCUAUUCCGAUUAUGACUUAGAGGAAGAUGUCGACUAUGAAUAUGGCAAUUAUGACUAUAUAGAACGAAGAGGACAACAGUCAAAUAAAUUCGAAUUACGUGUAAGAACAACGCAUCACGAGGGCCUUAUCGCUUGGAUCGGAAGAGGAAAAAUUGAAUUUUUAACAUUAUCAUUACAUGGUGGUUACGUUGUUCUUUCCUAUAAAACAAAACACGAGGAAAUUUCCCUAACCAGCAGAGAAAAAAUUGACGACGGCUUAUUUCAUCAUAUUCGAGCGUCACGAAGACGAAAAGCAACAAUAAUACAAAUUGAUGACGAGACACCAGUGAAAAUGUCAACGGAAACAACAAUUUUAAUGACAAAUGGAAAAUUAUUUAUAGGAGGUAAACCCGGUUUUCAUGGGAUUAAAGGUUGUAUCACGGACUUUGUUGCUGAUAAAAGAAGAAUUCCUCUAACGAGGCGAAAAAUUGAAUUUUGCCACGACAAUGACGUAUGAUAGUGAAAAAAAAAAAAAUGAAAAUUAUUAUUGUUGAUUUUUUAUUUUAUAAAAUAAUCAACAAGAAAGUAUUAUUAAAAAAAAAAACCAAAUGUUCAUCACGACCUUUAUAUAAAAAUUUCUCCAAGUCGUUCUCAAUUGUAAUAAGUCUGAUAAUAAUCGAUCGACUGUGCCUGUGGUAGCCCUAUAUAUAACAAUUUAUUGAGAUUGAGAACGAGUUCAAGUGCUACGUUUUCAUCCAAGGACAAUAAUAUAUUUUUAAGAGAAAAAAAAAUAACAUUCUUGAAUGUUUAAAAGAAAAAAUAUAUAUAUAUAUAAAUAUUUAAAUUAUAUAUACAAAAUAGUGAAAUAUAAAUAUCUAGAUAUGAGUAAAAAAAAACGAGUAUUAAAUUAUAAUAAGCACAAAUUAUAAAUAAUAAGUAUAAAUACAUUUAUAAAAUAUGUGUAACUAUAUAUAUAUAAAGCGAUAUACAAAUUAAAAUAAAAAAAAAAGUAUACGUACAAUUAGUCGGCAGAAAAACGAAAUGAAAAAAAAAGUGCAAGAUACUUUAAGCUGCUGACGCACUAAACGUUAAGAUGCCAAGACUGACUAAUGCGAAUGAAAAAAAAAAAAAAUCUUAAUCAGUGUUAUGUUUGAGUGUUCAGUAGAGAGAUUUAUCACUGUGGAUUCCUUAGAUAGAAAUAUGUAUUUUAAAAUGACUGUUGAUUUAUGCCAGUAGAAACCACAUUGUUUAAGGUAGGCGAAGGCUUUUUAUAAAAAGAUCGACAAAAAAAUAAUAGUUUAUACUUAAAAAUAAAAAAAAAAAAAAAAAAAAAAAAAAACGUAGGCGGUGUAGCUAUAUUACAUUCCAUAAAAUGGACACCUCUAAAUAGGAAAAAAAAAUCGUACACAUGUUAUAUGCUUUAAAAAAGAGAUUAACAAUUAUGCAUUAGGGAUUUAGGUAAAAAAAAAAAAAAAAUAUGUGCGGAAAAAAAUCAUGAGGAAGUAAAUCUGUAUAUUUGUCAUAUGUGUAUGGAGAUUUUGUAAAUAUUUUAGCUUCAGUGACAAUUUACUAUCGACAGCUUCUAAUAAUCAUUCAAUUUAACUAAGUCAUCAUAACUCAUAUAUACAUAUAUACAUAUAAAUUCCCUACAACGAUUUAUUUUUUUUUUUCAUCACAUCGACUGAUUUUAUUAAUUUUUAAAUUAAGAAAAAAAAAUUCUUAGUCUCCCUGUUAAUUGCUCAAAGCAUUUUUUAAAUCCAUUAAUUUUUUUUUUUUUUGAAAAAUCAUUUUUACAUUGAUAAUUGUGGUUUUGAAAUAAAAAUAUUAUAUAGGGAUUCUAUUAUUAUUGUGACUGACAAUCAAAUUGUCAAAAUAUCAUUUAUAUUUAGACAUUUCUUCUUUUUAGCUAUGAAAAAAAAAACGAAUUAGAAUAAGUUGAAAUAAAAAAAAAAAAUUAAUCCGAAUUUUCGUAUACAUAUCAGUUAUUUAAGUCUGUGAUAUUUACAUAGGCGCACAAAUUAAAACCCUAAUAAUAUUUUACUUUCAGAACUUAUUUUUAUUUUUGAAUAAAGGAAAAAAAAAAUUUUUUUUUAUUCGAAAAAUUAAUAUAUAUAUAUAAGGAUUCGCAAGGGUUCUAUUCUAAGAAAAUUCUAAAAUUCAUUUUUUGAUAAUUUUUGCAUAAAAUAAAAAUUUAGGUCUAUUUAUAUCGGUCAACGAUUAAUUGAUAAAAAAAAAAUUUUAGAAACCCCAAGGCAUAAUCAGCAAUUUUUAAGACAUACAUAUUUAUAUAUAUAUAUAAAAAAAGCCUAUUGAGAUUAAAAAUCUCAUUGAUUGCAAAUAAAUAAUUACGAUAAUUGCUAAGUUAUUAGUAAAGCGAUAAAUUGUGUGUGUGUGUGUGAAAUAUGUUUGUUUUUUUUGAAUGAGCAGGAAAUAGCUUUGUAAAAAGUUUAGGGAAAUUUACGGUGUUUGUAUUAAAAAAAAAAAAAAAAAAAAAAAAA